AUGAAGAACGAUGAAUCAUUGAAUCUAGUUACCGACACGAUUAACAAAACCGAUUCACUAUCGUCAUUCGAAGGUUUGCCGGUCGACCCGCCUAUAGUAUCAAAUCUACUGAAUAUCGAUGAUGGUUCCUUAUCCGAACAGGAAAAAAGUAUCGAUGAUAUUAUUUCGAGCAUAAGUGAAUCGACUUCAGGUUUAAUUAGUGGAGGAGAAGAUGCUUUGAAUAGGUUACUUGAUGAUGUCACCUCAACUAUGACAAAUACUUUCACGAAUGCAAAUGAAGCUGUCGAUCGUGCUGUUACAGAGAUAGUCUCGUUUUUCAAUAAAUCUGGAGAGUCGGCUGGUAAUAAGCUGUCUGGGGUGUCCAGCGAGUUACUAGAAGCUUCUGUUAAAGCAGGGACUAUUGGACUUGAUGUGAUAAAAAGAACGAUUGUUUUUAUCGAGGAUUCUUUUCUGGAAGGGGCGAAAAAUGUUGGAUAUGCCUAUGGUUCGGCCAAGGAAUAUCUGCCUUCGGAUUUAAGAGAAGCACUUAAUUUAUCGGAAGAGAAUGUUGCAAAAGUAGUUAAUCCGGCUGGAAGUGCUUUUCAACAGGUUUACAAGGCCGUGGAAGGAUUUGAAGAAAGUCUCGGCUUAGACCCUAACGAUCCACUUGUUCCAAUUGUUCUUUUCAUUGCACUCUCAGCCACUUUAUGGGGUUCUUACAGGAUACUAAAGUACAGUGGAUAUGCUGGAGAUUUGUCCCCUCAGCAAACUUACAAACUUUUACGAGGAAAUGAAAAUGCUGUGUUUGUUGACAUUCGGCCCGAGGCAAGAUACUAUGGAGUUCCGGAUCUUCGGAGGACAGCUCGAUCUCGGUACAUCAGCGUAGCACUACCCGAGGUUCUUGACAGCUCGUUGAGAAAGUUGCUCAAGGGAGGGAGAGAAAUUGAGGAUGCAUUGCUUGCUGCUGUUAUACGCAACCUUAAAAUUGUUGAAGACGGGUCUAAGGUUAUAGUUGUGGAUGCUGAUGGGAAUCGUUCCAAGGGUGUUGCUCGAUCACUGAGAAAAUAUGGAACUAAGAGACCAUAUCUUGUUCAAGGUGGCUUCCGCUCUUGGGCGAACGCGGGCCUCCGUAUUAAAGCCCUAAAACCCGAGACGGCACUUACAAUACUCAAUGAGGAAGCUGAAGCAAUCUUGGAGGAAAUCAAUCCAACUCCAGUGAAAAUACUUGGUUAUGGAUUGGGUUUUGCUGCAGCUGCUUAUUCGUUCGUAGAGUGGGAAAGUACGUUGCAAUUAGUAGGUGUCAUCGGACUAAGCCAGGAUAUGUCGAAAUUUGGUUAA